CAGCUGCUUCCCGUGGUGACCAUAUGAACCCGUUUCCAUGGAGACGAGGACUCAACUGCUACACGGAGCUAGCAAAACAAUUUCCCCCGCAGCUGCUCUACUUCUGCUUCUUCUUCUACGAUGAAUCCCAAAAACGCGGAGUUUCUCAAGGAUAACGAUCUUCAAGCAGUAAAAUCUGGGGUCAAAACAGGGUACCUCACUCUAGAUGGCCAUAUCUCCCAGAUUCCUGGUUUGUCCCCAACCAUCAGGACUAUUCCUGAAGAGAGGACUCGAGGGAGAAGGGCCGUCGUCCUGGAGAGUGAUUCUGCUUAUGUCAAGCUCGCAAAACAAGGAGGGCAUAAAGGACUUUUGUCCCAUGUAGAAGAAGUUACUUCUACAACAAAUUCAUAUAAACCUCCAGAUUGGUUCUCCUCUGAAUCAGGAGACAUCAGCCAACAAAGCAAGGAUGAGAAAAACCCAGGAGCCUUUCAGACAUCAGAACCCCCAUUUGGGUCUGAUAACAUGUCCACCUGGGAGAGGGAAAAUGUGAGUUCCACUGACAAAGAGAAGGAUGCUGAAGGGCUUUACAUCUGUACAGAAGAGCUGAAGGCCCAAACUGAGCAUCAGGAGUCCAACAAAUACAAGAGGAUAGUGUUUGACAAGAAGCCGGCGCCUGUUGACAUGUCCAAGCUCCUGAGUUUUGGUUACGCCGAAGCCAACAGCCCAGUCCAAUGAUGCAUUGAAUCUGGAGGUCUGCCAGAUGUAAAAACGGGAUGAACGGCUGCUGUCUUCUCUGACAUUUAUUUCCCAUCACCCACUGUAGCUGCAGUUCUUUGAGGGUAAAGGUUGUCGACUGAUCAGAAGCCUUUUUGCUGUUUGUCUUAUCUGCUUCCCUCUCUUAGUAAAGAUGCUGUCACGUUUAUCGUUGGAUUGUUCCUAUUUGCAGAAAAUCUCAAAUAAAGUUCUGGAAUUUUG